AUGAAGGUUAUAAUUGAAGGUUCAGAAAAUAUAGAUUCAUUACCUUAUAUUGAUGCUCCAUUGACUGAAGAUGAAUUAAAUAUGGUAACAAAUAUGGUACAAGAAGAGAUGAAGAAAUUUAAUCCACCAAACUAUCUUGAACAACUUGGAGAGUUGCGUACAGACAUUGAUCAGAGUAAAUUUCAAUUUGUUGGUGAGGAAUUAAAGCGAGUAGAGUUGGGAGAGAAGAUUAAACCAUUGAAUUUGACAAGAUACAAAGUAGAAGCUCCACAAGCAUCACAAAAGACAAGUAAAGAGGCAUGGGAAGCAUCGGUCGACAAUGCAAAGGCACAAUAUCUACAUCAAGAGACUCGUAGAACCAAUCUACAACUAUUACAACGUCAUGGAGGACAAUUGUGGGAAUCGUAUCUAGACAAUGACAUACAAAACAUACAAGAUCAACUGACAUGUCGAUUAAAAGAGACAAAAGAAGAGAUUGAAAGAACAAAUGUACAGAGAAAAAUUGAACAAGAUCAAAUCAGAUCAAGAUUGGUUGGUAACCAACAGAAAUGGUACGAGUUGGUAUCUAAAAACAAAGAAAUUGAUUUUGCUUGUUUAGAAUUGGAAAAGGAAAUUGAUCGUUUACAACAAUUAAAAUUAGAUCAACAACAACAACAACAACAACAACAACAAAAUAAAAUAAAUAAUAAUAAUAAUGGCGAUGGUAAUGAUAAUGACAGUAGGCAAUAA